AUGUUCAGAAACAACUACGACAACGACUCGGUGACAUUUUCGCCGCAAGGGCGGAUAUUCCAGGUCGAAUACGCGGCAGAAGCAGUCAAGCAGGGCUCGGUCGUGGUAGGAAUUGCAAGCAAGACACACGCCGUGUUGGUAGCAAUCAAGCGCAACGCCGAAGAACUCUCAUCCUACCAAAAGAAGCUCUUCCCCAUCGACGAGCACGUCGGCAUCGCCAUUGCGGGCCUCACGUCGGACGCGCGCGUGCUCUCCAACUUCAUGAAGCAGCAGUGCCUCGGCCACCGGCUGACGUACGGACGCAACAUGCCCGUGCGGACGCUGGUCGAGAUGAUUGGGUCCAAGGCGCAGAUCAACACGCAGCACUACGGCAAGCGGCCGUACGGCGUGGGCCUGCUGGUGGCGGGCGUCGACGACCAGGGCCCGCACCUGUUCGAGUUCCAGCCGAGCGGCAUGACCGAGGAGAUGGUGGCCUUUGCCAUUGGCGCGCGCAGCCAGAUGGCCCGGACCUACCUAGAAAAGAACAUAGACGCCUUCCGGGGCUGCAGCCGCGAGGAGCUGAUCCGCCACGGCCUGCGCGCCCUCAAGGAGAGCCUGGUCCAGGACCGCGAGCUGACGGUCGACAACACGAGCGUCGGCGUCGUGGGCGCCGUCAAGGCCGAUGACGGCACCACCAAGGUGGAGCCCUUCCGGGUGUUCGACGGCCAGGAGGUGACGGCGUGGAUAGAGAGCGUGGCGGACGAUAAGGAGGGUGGCGCCGGCGAGGGCGAAGGCAUGGAGGUGGACUCAUAG